AUCAUUUGACAGAAUGUCUUUAUUAUUACCCUUGCAGGACACCGUAGCACGGAAGUGAGUUGUUCGCCUGAGAGCUGUGUGAUCUAAUAUACGUUCGCGGCAAUCUCAAUAAACGGCUGUGUUCACGUUCCAUCCGGUGUGAUCCUUGACUCACACAACCGUACACGGAUUUGGGAGAAAUCCACAUGGUGUCAGAAGAGAGCACGGACUUUUCGCCCCGGUCUUUUUCGAAGGGAGAGUGACGUUUUUUCCCCACGCGGUGAGCUGUUACCCGCUCGUGUCUGGCGAAAAUGGCGGACGGAUUUCGAAGACCUGAGCCUUUGAUUUUUGAUGAAAAUGUUGCUGAGAACUGGCGCAUAUUCGAGAGGGAAUAUGAUAUUUUCAUUGCAGCCGCACAUGCUGACAAGACGGACAAGACUAAGGCUUACGUUCUGCUCAAUAUUGCUGGGCCAGACGGCAUUGAGCGCGAACGCUCCUUCAUGUACGCUGCAGAGGUGCGCAAUGAGGCGGGAGCCGUCAUCAGGCCUGCAGAGUCCAGGGAAGACCCUGAAUGUCUGAAGAGGAAAUUCCGGGAAAUAUGCAAUCCUCAAAACAACAGAACAAUGGAGAGACACAGGUUUCAUUCCAGAAAUCAGAAACAAGACACAGAGACACGCUACGCACAGAUCGAGAAGGAGCUUCUAGCUGUCGUGUUUGCAUGCAUGAAAUUCAAGGACUACAUUUACGGAAAAGCUACAACCGUGGAGACGGAUCACCAACCCCUGGUGACAAUUUUAAAGAAACCCAUACAUGCAGCUCCCGCCCGUCUGCAACGCAUGCUACUCAGACUGCAGUGUUUCAACAUCACACUGGUCUACAAAAAAGGUAAACACAUGUAUCUUGCUGAUACACUUUCAAGGGCUCCUCAUUCUAAAAAACCCCAGAGCUCUAUAGAAGAUGAUGCUUUUGAUGUCAUGUCUGUCAGCUACAUCUCCACCAACCGUCUGGAGGAACUGAGGAACCACACCAAAGAAGAUCCAGAGCUCAAGGCUUUGAGCACUGUGAUCAAACACGGUUGGCCAGACAAAGAAAGACAAUUAGACCCUGUCCUUCGCCCCUUCUUUCCGUACCGGGAUGAACUCACAGUGGAAAACGACAUUGUCGUAAAAGGCCACAGAACAGUCGUUCCAAAGUCCCUGCGCAGAGAAUAUGUGAAACUUGUGCACACAGGACACCCAGGAAUAGAGGCGACAAAACGCAGAGCCAGGAACAUCCUAUUCUGGCCUACCAUGUGCAAAGACAUCAUGGAGGAGUUGCUCUCAUGUGCAGUGUGCAACAGCACAAAGAAACACCAGCAAAAGGAGCCGCUUCUCCUACACACAGUUCCAGAACUCCGCUGGUCCACAGUGGCAGCUGACAUUUUUGAAUGGCAUGGCAAACACUAUCAGGUGCUUGUCGAUUCAUACUCAGGCUGGUUUGAAGUUGAUCUCAUGAGUGACUUGAAAUCAUCCACUGCCAUCUGCAAGUUAAAGAGACAUUUUGCCGUUCAUGGCAUUCCCCACAUUCUUCAUACAGACAACGGGACUCAAUACACAAGUCAGAUGUUCAAGGAUUUUGCAAAACACUGGGAUUUCACUCAUGCUACCAGCAGUCCUGAAUACCCACAAUCCAAUGGACUUGCUGAGAAGGCGGUCUGUAGUGCAAAACAGCUCAUGGAGAAGUCUCAUCGAGACGGGACUGAUGUGUUCCUCAACCUUCUAAACAUAAGAAACAUUCCCCGUGACUCGACACUUGGCUCUCCAGCUCAGCGAUUAAUGUCCAGACAGACCCGUGCAGCCUUCCCCGUAAACACUUCACUCCUAACACCUCAACCACUGCAUGCUCAGAGAGUUCAUGCCCAGCUUCUUCACAAAAGGCUCACUCUCAAGCGUCACUACGACAAGUCAAGCCGCCCACUUCACCCUCUACCAGAAGGACAAACAGUUCGCAUGCAGACCACUCAUGGUCAUGACAAACUUGGAGUAGUAAAGAGCAUCUGUUCAGAACCAAGAUCCUACAUCAUUCAGUCACAAGGAAGAGAAUACAGGAGAAACCGACGCCACAUCCUUCCUGUGCCUGAACAGCUGCAUCCAACACACCUCACAGGCGACUCGGACAGUGCAGCUCAACUUGACCCCAAAGUAAACUGUGACAAACGCACACCUCAGUCACACUGGGAACCACCAGCAGAGUUUACGCCCACUGCAUCCCCUUUGAAGGAACCUUCAGGUGAUCACUACGUCACACGUUCUGGGCGUGUCUGCAAGCCCAACCCCAGAUACAUGGACUGAUUGUUAAAAGGCCGAGUUUAAAAAAAAAAAA